AUGGAGCUGGGAACAGGACAGAGCCCUCGGGAAGCUCAGCUGGAGGCCUCUUGGAUUUAUGCAGCUAUCUGUGAAGCCCUGCUACUGUCGGAGCGCUCGGAGCUUGUCCGUGCCUCUGGGAAAGGCUUUGGGCGAUUUAAGUUUUACUUUAUGCUACAGCUGCAUUAUGGCCCUGCAAAGCUGCAACCUACUGGCAAAAGUUCUCGUGUCAUCACUGCCGUUUCAUUGCACCUUCAAGAUCAGCCUCUGGCUGUUGAGACGGUGGGUUCAUCCACGCACGGUGCCAACCUGAACGGCCUCUGUAGGAUUGCGGGAGUCGUAUGUCAGAAACUGAUAUGGAAAAGGGUAUCUGUUUUUGUUUUUUUUCCUCCUCUCUCCUUCUCAAAUGCUACAAAUUCAGGUCAGUUAUACGCUCCUUAUUUUAAAGCCAAGUACCGUGUCCCAGUUGCUGUCUACUGCGGGAGCGUCCCCGAAGUCAAGCCCAGAUGCCGAGCGCUGCGAGGAGGAAGCAUCGAUUCCAACCUGCAGCUUUGUGGUAGCAGAUGGACCACAGCAGAAGAAGCUUCUCUUCAGCCCUUAUUAAGUACCCAGGUGAAGGAGCAACCUGGUCUAUGGGGUAGAGAUCGGAGGCCUCUCUACCCCAGGGCCAUGUCUCCUCUGGAGGUCCGGGAUGGCAAGACUAGCCUGGAAAACUUGGACACCGGGGCCAGAGGUGACCUCUCGCAGCUCCCUAGCCCAGCCUUGAAACAGGACCCUGGAGAAAGGGAGGUGAGCAGUGCUGCCAUGGAAACUGCUCAGAUCAAGGACAAGCUGAAGAAGAGGAGGAUGUCUGAGGGCCUGUUAGUGCUGCAGAGAGGCCUCUUGGACAGCGGUGACCCUGCAGGGCUUGCCUUGAAGCCAGCUGUUUCCAGGUCAGCUUCCCAGAGGCUCCUGGUAACAUCCAAGCCCAUGCCGCCCAUCCAGCAUGGUCCCCCGUCCCCCGAGACCGGCGAGGCAAGCAAUGGGGAGCCGAAGGACUGGGAGAACGGCAUAGAUGGUGGAGACAGCGAUGAGAGCCAUGAGGGGUUGACGUCAGAGGCUUGCCUGCAGCCCUGCCGUUGCAGUGAGGAAGAGGAGGCGGCGAGGAAGCUGCAAGGGGCGGCUGUGGUUCCCCCCAUCGCCACGUCGGCAAGUAUGCUGGAUGGAGGCACUGGCAGGGCUGUGGGGCCUCCCCCGGGCUCUCCGGUUUCCCAAGAGCCCCUGGAGGUGAGGUCAAGAUCAGGCAGCAGAACUCAGGAGAAGACCCUUAAACCUCUGGGCCUCUCCCUCAGCCGGGCCACGGGGAUGGAUCAUCUUGCGAGCCCUCGCCUCCUGAGUGAUGACGAGUGGAAGGAGAGCAACGGGAGGAUCCAUAUUACCAUAUCCAAGUCAGCUCAGGAGAAAAUGCGCCAGAAGCAGAUGAGAGAGAUGGAGCUCUUGCGCAGAGAGAGGGAGAAAGAGAGAGAAAAGGAGAAGUCCUUGCAGCUGCACGUGCAGAGCGCUGACCCUGUGGGUGCUGAUGAAGAAGGCUUUGGCCCGCUGAAUGUCAAUGGGCUCGUCUCCCUUUCUCCCAGCAUGAGCAACGCGGGCAGAACUGGUGUUGGUACCGCGCUGAAGAAGCGGAUCAACAGGCCGUCCUUGCCCAACAUCCCUGCCAUCAGCCAGGAGGGUAGCUUCUCACGCCAUGCCUCGGCAGACUCGCUGCCGGCCAUCGCCCUGGGCUGCCCGGAGUGGGGAGAGGAGCCCGAAUGUGGGGACGCCUCGGCAGCGAGACCCUUCUCUCACCCGGAGCAGGGGCUGGGCGACGCACUGGGCUGGCUCGGCAGCAGCGACUGGCAGCUGAAGGGGAAAGGGCUCUUCAGCAUCAGACGUCUGGCUAUCUGCCACUCAGAAAUCCUUCUUUGCAGACUUCAUGACGUUUCCUUGGCAGUUACCAAAGAGGUGAACAACCUCCGCUCAAAGGUGUGUCGCUUUGCAAUCGGCACUCUUGGAGAGCUCUUCAGGACCAUGAAGAAGCACAUGGACCAGGAGGUGGAGGAGAUUGCUCGAGCCUUGCUCCAGAAGGCAGGGGACUCCAGUGAAUUCAUUCAGAAAGCAGCUUAUCGAUCCCUUGGGAUCAUGGUGGGAAGCGUGACUCCUGCACGGGCAAUGGCUGCUCUCAUGGCUGGUGGGGUCAAUCACCGAAACGCCCUUGUCCGGAGGUGCGCCGCUGAACACUUGCUGACCGUAACGGAGCAGAUCGGAGCUGAGAAGCUGCUGUCGGGCUCCCGCGAGAGCACUGAGCUGCUGGUGCAGGCGCUGGUGAAGCUUGCUCAGGACUGCAAUCAGGACACAAGGUUUUAUGGACGGAAGAUGCUGAACAUGUUGAUGAAUCAUCCAAAAUUUGAUGGGUAUUUGAAACAGUCUCUCCCAUCACAUGACUUGCGAGAUGUUAUGGCAACAAUUAAGCAGAAAGGGAUAGAAGACCAUAUAUCUGAACCUCCAUCUGCCAAAGGCCGCAGGGAGUCUAGGAAGAGCAGUUUGACGACGUCCCUGGACAUCUUGCCUUCUGACGAAGGGUCCAGCUCUGAUGUCCUCGUCUUACCUCAUCAGACAGUCCGGCGCAUAUCACUUCGCACUGUGGAAGAGAUUGAACAACUCAAGGAGCUUAACAAACUGUUGACAGCCAAGGAGUUUCAGACACGAAUGGAGGGAGUUGUGCUCCUCCUAGAUCACUGCAAAAACAACCCCCAGCUCAUCUCAGCAAACAUUGUCCAGAUUUUUGACAUUUUUGUCCUGAGACUUCAGGAUUCCAACAAGAAAGUGAACCAGCAGGCUCUCGAGUCCCUUGCUGCCAUGAUGCCCCUCCUCGGGGACGGCUUGCACCCAGUGCUGGUCCCCGUGGUAGCAGCAGUCACCGACAACCUGAACUCUAAGAACGCAGGGAUUUACGCAGCAGCUGUGAAGGUGCUGGAUGCAUCCAUUGCACACCUGGAUAACGUAUUGCUGCUGCAAGUGUUUGCCAACCGAGUGCGUUUUCUGAGUGGCCGAGCCGUGCAGGACGUCACGGACCGUCUAUCAGUACUGGUGGCGUCCGUGUCCCGGCGGAAGCGGCAGGCGGUGGAGCGCUACGUCCUACCCGUCCUCUGGCACUUCCUGGGCAGCAUGAUCGGGAACGGGGUCUUGCCCGGCCGUGGUGGGAACAUCAGGAGCGCCGUCGCCCGGCUGGCCGGCAGUCUGUACGCCGAGAUGGGCGCCAGCCUGGCCGAGCCAAAUAAGCUUAAAAAAACAAAGCAAAACAUAUUUUUCAAAGGUUUUACUUCUUGA